GCUCACAUUCACACGCUCACUUUCUCUCUCUUUCUGUGCAAUUUCCGUUCACUGCACAUUUUCCAUACACUUACUUUUCUUUCUCUCUCUUUCCCACACUUCCCAUUUUCCACUAUUUUACCUCUCAGCUGAACGAUUCGUGAACAAGUCCUUGUUUUUUUUAUCGGUUAGCGAUGGUAGCUGAAUCGUGGUUUCGAAGUCUAUGGAAGAUACGUAAGGAGGAUCCUGAUUCCGAGAAAGCAGUGAUUGGAGUGUUAGCAUUCGAAGCUGCGAAACUAAUGUCCAAGCUUGUUAAUUUAUGGCAGUCUUUGAGUGAUAAACAGGUUGCCAAGUUGAGGGACGAGAUUACAAAUUCGGUCGGUAUCAAGAAGCUUAUUUCAGACGACGAGAAUUUUAUUGUUCGUUUAAUCAGUCAAGAGAUGGUCGAAAGUAUGGCACACGUGGCCGAGUCUGUGGCUAGGCUUGCAAAGAAGUGCAGUGAUUCAAGAAUGAAGGAUUUUGAGAAGGCAUUUGAUAGGUUUAUCACCCGUGGUUUUGAUUCAUAUGGGUGGGUUUUGUCUUCUAAGAAAAUGGAAAAAAAGGUUAAAAGGAUGGAAAAGUUUGUAUCAGUUAAUGCAAGUUUGUACCAAGAGAUGGAAAUGCUCACUGAUCUUGAGCAAACUCUUCAAAGAAUGAAGGUGUAUAGUGAGUCGGAUGGACCGAAUUUAAUCGAGUAUCAGAAGAAGGUUGCAUGGAAGAGGUUGGAGGUGAAGAAUCUACAAUCUAACUCUUUAUGGAACAGGACUAAUGAUUACACUGUAUACUUUUUAGCUAGAUCUUUAUUUACAAUAUUCAGUAGGAUCAACAAUGUGUUUGGAAUUCAUGAGGUAACAGAUGUUGGUAAAACCAAGAAUCGGAGUGUUCCGCAUUCUGAUUACAUUCAUAGCAGUCAAUCGGUCUCGGAACUAUUGCAACAUUCAAUCCAUCCGUCUCAAAAUAAUGUUAACAGAUUUGCUUCAGGACCCCUUGGUCCUUCUACUGCUAAAUCAGAUCAAAAUGUUAGAGCAAAUAAAACUAGCAUUUUCCGUUCGGGUGGUGACUCGUCUGCAAAGUCGGGCCAAAUUUCAGGAAAGUAUAGAGGUGGCAAUUUUUUCUCAGGUCCUCUCGGAAGAAGUUCGAAAAAACCGGUAGCCGAUAAUGGAACAAGUAAAGAAAGCAAGUUUUGGAAGUUUCAUGGCCACUCAACCACCACAGGUGGGAAGGAAAAUAACGCGAGACAUAGUCGAGUAACUCAAGUAGGACCUUUCAAAGGCUGUAUGGCUGCAGAUAGUUCCUCGGUCAUUGACUGUCGCUCAAACCCAAAUGAUGUUCUGUUAGAAACUCAGAAUCACAAAGGUGCUGAUUCAGUCCUUCUUACUUCCAGAAAUGCAGCUCACUGUACUCAACCGACAUUCACUUCUCUCUGCAAGUUAAAGCCUCCGUCCGAAUCCCUUGGUGCCGCUUCUUUAGCCCUGCACUAUGCAAAUGUCAUUGUGGUGAUUGAGAAGCUAGCAGCUUCUCCACACUUGAUUGGUCUCGACGCAAGAGAUGAUCUAUACAACAUGCUACCGAGACGUGUAAGUGCUUCUCUAAGGACUAAGCUAAAGCCGUAUUCCAAAGGCAUGGCUGCGGCUGUCUACGACGGAAGUCUAGCAGAAGAAUGGAGCGAAGCAAUGACGAAAAUAUUAGAAUGGUUGGCCCCACUUGCUCACAACAUGUUAAGAUGGCAAUCCGAGAGAAGUUACGAGCAGCUGAGUUUUGUUUCCCGGACGAAUGUGUUGCUGGUACAAACUCUUUACUUUGCAAAUCAAGAAAAAACAGAAGCAAUAAUCAUUGAGCUUCUUGUUGGUCUGAAUUACGUGUGGAGAUAUGUUAAGGAUCUCAAUACAGGUAUCUUAGAGAUUGGCAAUAGUGUAGUGCAUAAUUGAUAUCCUCUACUGAACUGAAUGCAUAUGCAAUCAAGUUUCCAAUGGUCUGUGACCAUUGAUCGGCAAUGAAAACUUUCCAAGACACCAAGCUUCCAAUGGUCUGGUGUCUUAAAUCUAAAUCAGUGCAAUCAAGUUUUAGAUGAGUAUGAGAUAAAUAUUUGUGACAGAAAUGCAUUGGUGAUGAGGAAUGUUGUGUAUUAAACAUUUAGCAUUAAUUUUGUCUGUAAGGAGAUCCUAGUUGAUUUAACAUGAUGGCUGGUCUCAUCAAAGAUUGUCUCAUGGUUUCUACAUGCUAUUGAUAGUGCAUAUAUUUAUGAGCAUAUAUAUGUUAAUUGUAUAGCUUUAUUGCCAUAAUGGUUACUUCUAUGUGAUAUUUGAGUGGUGGGACAUGGAAAUUUGGAAAUGGCAGUUUGUAAAUUUUAGUUCCAAGUGUUAAUGUCUGUUUUGUUAAUGGAUAUCUACAAUUAUUCCUAGUAA